AUGGCGGACGGGGCCAAGCGGAUCGACCUGGGCGCGCCGCUGCGCUCCGCGGUGCGCCCGCCCUGCCACAAGCCCGACCUCAACUCCGGCCCCCUCCGACACCCCGGCGCCGUGCCCUUCGUCUGGGAGCAGAGCCCCGGCAGGCCCAAGAGCGUCCGCACCCGCCGCGCCGCUCCGCCCUCGCCCGCGCCUUCCUCGCACCACCCGCGCCCCUCGGAGGACGAAGGGCCCGGCGGCGCCACCCCGUACCACGACGCCCUCUGCCUGGGGCAGCGCGAGCACGCGCCGCCUUACCAUGUCCCCGCCGCCACCGCUGCGGCCCGUAAGGUUGAGUGGGCGGAGCUCGAGGCGAAGACGGAAGCCAAGGCGCCAGAGGUGCUGUCUGUCGCCGACGUGCUGCGGGACCAAGACGAGGAGGAGAGGUUCUCGGACGCGCAGGAUACGCUGUCCCGGACGGAGUCCUUCACGGUGAACUGCAGCGUCAGCGGCCUCAGCGGCGUGCCGCCGGACCGCCCCGCCGCUGGCGCGGCCGCACCUCCCGACCCAGACGCCCGCGGCUUCAUGAUGGACCGCUUCCUGCCGGCCGCGCAGGCGGUGGCCGUGGGCUCGCCGCAGUACACCUUCCGCAAGGCCGGCACCGCCACCGGCAGCUCCGCCCGCGAGCACGCGCAUGCCAGCUGGAGAGCGGGCGGCGAUGACGAUCGCGCCAGGAGGACGCCUGUCCAGCUCCCCUACCAGCACCUGCCACCCAAUUAUCUGUCCUGUAACUAUCCGAGACAUGAGGAACCUGUGGAGGAGGAGGAGGAGGAUGAUGACGGCGACGACGUACAGAGCACCCGGGGCUUUGCAUCCAAGGGGUGUGGUUUGCUCCCUGGCUUGUGCGUCAAAACAUCCUUGCUACUCCUCAAUCCAGUGCCCGCAAUGAAGAACGGCAAGGCGCGUGGGAGGGGAAGAGGCAGGGGGUUGCCAUCGAAGGGCAGGGGCCAGAAUGCGCCGAGCCCUCUUGCCCGGAGCUCACAGAACAAGAAUCUUGGUUGCGAUUCUAAUGGGCGAUACUGGGAGGAAGUGUACAAGCACAAGUUGGAGCAGAAGUAUGUUCACCAAGCAGAGGAUAAGAGGAGCAAGAUGACGAGUGAGUCCAACCAUCUGACGUUUUGGAGCGACUCUCAGACCGCGGAUGGGUCUUCGCCAUUCCACCAGUCCAUAGGUGGUGGUGUGUCUCCCUACCGCCGUGAUGUUGCCUUAUCGUCGUCACCUAAAGAAAGUGUAUCAUUUGAAGUAAGAGAUAGAGAUGAGAAGAUGAGUAGAAGCAAUGGCUCUAGCUCGCUUGGAAUAGACCAUGAUCACGGCUCAUUGGUAGGAUCAGAUCAUAGUAGUUUCAAGGGAUCGAGCUCCAUGAGCUCGGGGGUCGAUAAAACAUCGCACGAAGACUCAAUGGAUCACCGUGCAGGUAUUGAUUCAGAAACCAGCCACUUGGCUCUCUUACCGGAUCCAAAGCCAUCUUUGAAUCCAGGAUCUGAUGUUCAACUUGGAGGAAAACCUACUGUUGAAAGUAACAGUAUAAGGGAAGUUACAGAUAAUGGUCCGUCGACAGAAAGAAUCACCGAAGUGCCAGAACCCGCUGUGUUAACGCCUUCGCGAAAUGCUGGAUUGGUGAAAUUUGAUGAUACAAAAACUUCCACUUAUGAUACUAGUCGCGAUGUUCCAGUACGUUCGGAAGAGAGUAUUGCUGUCAAGAAAGAAAGUAGGCCUUUGCAAUAUCUAAUGCCGUUGCCUGUCCCAAAAUCACCUUCAGACUCCUGGCUUUCUCGCAAUCUGCCAUCUGUGAAGAAUAAACCACCUGCGCCAUCUUUCCUUGGAAUCCAAGUACAGCCAAAGAAACAAGCUCCCUGGGCUCCGGGACAUCCAAAGGAGAAUGGUCUUAAGCCCCCCAGGCAACGUCAAAUAAGAUUUGCAGAUGUGGUUGAGAGGCCUAAUUAUGUGGAUACUGAGAUAUGAUGUGUUCUCUCAGGACCAAUAAUUAUUCAUGACAUGAUUCCUUGGCGGACAUUACAUCAUAUAUGCCUGCGACUACCAGCACCCAACGGUUCCAUAGAGGCAUAUAUGUAGUGUGUAUCGCUGUUGUGGUGAUGGCUGGUAACUACCUACCAGAAACUCAUCAUGUUGGUGAUUUGGAUGUGCAUGCCAUGUUUUCAUACUAUAUGUUUUAUGUUACCCAAUAUAUGCUAGUAGUGGCUUAGGUCUGUUGUAAAUCAUAUAUCGAUACUGGAUUGUUUCUGUUUUGUUCACCUUAGUGUCCAUAAAUUAUGUAAAACUGUUCACUCUGUUACACUGUUGAGUUGA